GACCGACUCCGCUCCCCGCUUUGGUGUGCGCUUUUUAAUUAUUUCCCGGCGCCGAUUCGUUGGCGUGCGCAGCGAAGGAGAAGCAAAAUAGAUCUCCGAGUUCAACGCAAGUACCACUGUCGCUGCCAUUUUUGUCAAAUCUCUCCGCUUCUGUUUCUGUGUCCGUGAUCCCAUUCGAGAGUUUCUGUCACUGCAUGCAGGAAGUUGAAUUCAUGGAUUGAAGAGAAAAAUUUUGAUGUUUAAGAAAGCAAUACAUCUGGGCAUUAAAAAACUUGAUGUGGCUUCAGCUAAUUGGCUGUAGUGAACUGUGGAAAUGCUUUUGACUGUUGAAGGAGGAGGAUUCUUUUCUUCUUCUGCAUCGGGAUAUACCAAUGGUCUUGCCCUUUUGCUUUUUGGGAGGAAAAAUGAACAGCCCAUGAAAGUUUCACCUUGGAGUAGUUACCAGUUAGUGGAGCAUGAAUUUGAGCCCGAACCUCAGUCAACUACCACAAAAACCCAAGGAUCUGGGGGCUGCAUUUCCUUCAAUUGCUUUAGGCAUGCUCAUGCACAACUUGAUGGGCAAUCUCCAAGCAAAAUUCGCCUAGUUAAACAAUCUGAAAUUUCAACUGAUAUCUCUUCUGACACAAGCAAGACAACAGCAAGUGAUACUUGUUACAAGAGUGACAGAAAGCCUUGCCUAAAGGAUAAGCUAAAGAAACCUUCCAGAGAUUGUUCCACAUACAGAGAUGUUGAUGCCAAUGAGCUCAUAGAGCAAAAUGAAACUGAGACAUCUUGUUGCACUGUGGGUAGAAAAGUUCAGUGGACAGAUAAAUGUGGCAAAGAACUUGUUGAGGUCAGAGAAUUUGAGCUCAGUGAUUAUGGUGUAUCCGACGAUGAAUUUGAACACGAAAAAUUGAGAAGAUGUGAAUGUGUAAUUCAGUAAAUUUGCAUUUGCCAUGCCUAUGUAAAGGCAAACAGAUCCGCGUAUCACAUAAUUUACUACAUCCACUGUGCCACUGCUCCAUUACAAUGAUCAAGGAUGCCCAUUCAAGUGUUACGAGGAACCUCAGGACUGCAGUGAGGCAGCCUUUGUUUUUGGUAAUUUUUUUUCUGUCCAUGUAUCCUUGCCCUCCUGAUUCUUUGGAGGUUUUUUGAACGUUGGUAAUCUAUGUGUAAUCUCUCGGUCGAGUCAUUCAGUGUUUCCUUUUCUCAACAACGUGCUAUUGUAUUAGAAUUGCUAUGAGAUAAAAUCAAUGAUUUUGUUAUAGAAUA